CAUUAUCCUCCUACAUCGUCUGGUCUAAUUGAUGAGACCUUCAGUGGCCACAUCCUUUAGUAUCUCAACACUCCACCAUGGCAUACACAACUUUGGUUGUUUUAGGAGGUCUUCUUGCCUCUCUGAACUUUGGAGAUGCUGAAGAAAUCAGACUGUUGGUGCAACCCACUCCUCCGGAUGAAAAAAAUGACUUAAUUUGGUUCAACUCAACUUCAUACGACUCCUGGAGUAAUCACCUGGACAAUUUCAUUGAAGCUUACCGUACCCCAGAACUGGUCCCGGGUCGGGCAGGCAACCUGGUGAAAUGUGACUGGACCUCCCCCCCUCCCCCUGGCAAAGUUUGCCAUAUCAACACAGAGAGCUUUGCCCCAUGCGUCAUCACCAACUACUUCGGCUACAAGAAACGAGCACCCUGCAUCUUCCUUCAGUUCAUUACUGAGAAAGACUGGAAACCUAAAUAUUACAAUGACUUAAAAACUCUUCCAGUCAUGCCAAGAAAUUUGAGGAACUACAUCAAUGAAAAAUCAGUGGAGGCACACACUUGGGAAACUGUGUGGGUUUCGUGCGAUGGAGAGAAUGCAGCUGAUAAGGAGUUUAUAGGACCGGUCAGAUAUAUCCCAGGUCCGGGAGUUCCUGGGUAUCACUUCCCGUAUGCGGGUCAGAAAGGCUAUCUCCCACCUCUGGUCGCCGUACAGUUGGAGAUGCCUCAAGCGGGUGUAGUGAUCAAUGUUGAAUGCAAAACUUGGGCUGCCAACAUCAAACCUCACAAGGACAAACCUAUCGGCACUGUCAAGUUCCAGGUGAUGAUUGACUGAACAUCCACUGUAUCCACUGCACUACCAUGUUUUUAUAUUUUACAAUGUAUUUUAUAGCCAAAUAAAAUAAAGGUAUUAGAAACUCA